AAAGAAAAAAAAAAAAAAAAAAAGAGGGUUUGUACAUAUAUAUGUUUCAGUUUUGUACACUCUUUUGGAUUAAUCUCAAAUCUGGAAAUUGAAGAAUAUCAUCGUUUCAACAUGGGCUCUGAGAAUCUUUAUAUGCAUCAACAACAACUGCAGCAGCAGCAGCAGCUUGUUUAUCCAUCCUUGCCAUCUUCUUCAUCUUCUGCUUCAGCUCCAAGAGCAUUGACCCUACAGGAUUGGAAUAACCUCAACAACUCUGUCUUAGGUGGAGAUGAGCUGAAUAGAUACAUGAAUGAAGUCCUUCCAAACUCAAGGGAGUAUUUGUGGCCAACCAAGUUCAACAAUAAUAUUGAUUCAGUCGUCCCUCCUUCAUUGAAAACAUCCACCCGGCCGGUUGACUUCAUGACCAGCUAUGUUCAUCCCCAAAAACUCAUGCAAUUCGAAAACAGUACUACAACUCCUCCUCCUCCUAAAGGAAUGAUGAUGAGCUUAUCAGAUAGUUUCCUUAAACUAUGCGACACAAGUAAUAGUGCUGCUAGCAUCUUCAAUAUCGGAAACGGCCAAGAAGAACGAAACGGAUCAUUAAUAGACCUAAACCAAAAUCUUGGGUUCAAUUCCAUCGAGAAUUGUCAACCUGAGGUUUUUGCGGGUUUAGCCCCUCCAAGUUACAUGCCAACAGGCUGUUCGUCAGGAAAUGUUACAGACUAUCAAUUUCCAAACUUUUUUGCAGCUACUAAUUCGGCAGUUCAGUCUUCGGGGAAUAUGCUUCAUCUGCCAACAAAUAACAUUAUGGACUGUACACAUUAUGAAGAUGGUGGUCAUUCGGAUGAUCAGCCGUUUUCAGGAGGAAGACUGACAUCUUCUUUUUCGGGAUAUUUUCACGUCCAGCACUCAAGUCAUGAUGAUAGCCCCUCAAACAGCUCAAACAAGACAUCAUCAACGUUGAGGAAAGAUGGUGGGAGAAAAGAGAAACAUCUCAAGCCAAAUCAUCCAUCUACUACUACGACUGCUGGAGUGGCCAAGAAACCCAGAGUUGUACCACCAUCAUCAUCUUCAUGUCCGACCUUAAAGGUGAGAAAGGAGAAAUUAGGAGACAGAAUAGCAGCGCUUCACAGAAUGGUAUCACCUUUCGGCAAGGUAAUAACUAAACUAAUUAUUGGGUACGUACGUGUUUUUUGCUGAUCUGAAUCCCACUCACACACACACAUAUAGUCACGCCUGGGUGGUACAGUGUUGUGUGCGCCUGCCUGCAAGCUGCAUGAUCUUUAAUUAAAAUGCAAUAUAUCCCAUAUUAUGUACAUGAUGAUGAUGGGCAUCUCUGAUCUAAUUCUUUUGUCGUGUUUUGGGAUUCAUUCAUUCAAUUCCAUCGUGGGGAACAUUUUCAGACAGACACUGCCUCCGUUUUGACAGAAGCCAUGGGUUAUAUUCACUUCCUCCAGGACCAAAUCCAGGUAGUUUUUCAUUCAUUCAUUCAUUUUACCCUACCACAUCAAUCCCACUCUUUUUUUUUUAAAAAAAAAUAAAUUUAUAUAUAUAUAAAAAAAAAACCCCUUACUUGCAACCUUCUUUGUUUUUCAUAAAUAUUUCUUGAAAAUGGGGAAAAACGAUUCCGAUUUUUUUUUUUUUUGGACGGAAAACAUAAUGUAUGUUAGAGGUUCUCUUUUAGAUUUUUUUUUUUUCAAUUAACAAAAACUGAUGGGGAAAAAAGAAAAUAUUCGUUGACAAUCUUAAUUUUCGUGCAACUAUGAAUUAUAUGUAACGUUGUUUUGCAGAGAUUGAGUAUGACGUACUUGAAGUCAUCUCGCAGCAGCAGCCUGUGCCCAAUACCUCGUGGGGUAAGCUUUCCUUUGUCUCUUUAUAUCUCAUUAACAAUGUUUUGACUCUUUAUUUCUUCUACCUCCAAUUCAUUCGGUAGUGUCUCCUUGUUUUCUUCUCACCCGUUUUCUGUUAUAUUUUUGUCAAACUUGUCAUCAUUAUUCUCAAACUUGAAGCCAUCAUGGUGGAACUUGAUUUUAUUCGAGUCAUACUCUUCCGUCCUAUUUUACUGUUAACUAAGAUUUUUAUUUUUAUUUUUUUGGAAUAAAAUGUUAACUAAGAUAGUACUAUAACGAAUUGUGUAUUUUUCAACUGCAUUUAUAUUUUUUCUUCAUUGUCAUCAUCAUUUUGACUUUGUUUACACAACUAGCCAACAAAUUAUUAUUAUUUGUUGGAAUUUCAUUUUACCGGAAGAAACAAAAUUAAUUAAACACGAAAUUCCAACUGCGAAUGAUGUGAGUUUGGACUCAAUUGCCGGCAGCAUGCAUGCAUGAUUUUGAUGUUGAUUUAUUUGAUGGGUGGAUUCUAAUUUUCCUGUGGUGAGGACAGGGACGAUUGGGCAUGAAAGAACGGAACGAUGAAGAAGAUCAAGGGGAAAGGCAAGAUUUGAAGAGUAGAGGACUGUGUCUUGUGCCCUUGGCUUUCACUUCCUUUGUAUUUUCUCACAAUGGGACUAUCUGCUGACCAAAUUUACCACCAGUUUGAAUAGUUUUGUCUUGUAAUAUAACUUCCACAACACAACGUUAAUCAAGCCAAAACAAGUUCGUUCACCUAGCUUACAAGUGAUCAAGAAUUGAAGAUAUAUAAUCAAUUUGUUGCCGAAAUAUCUUGGCCAGAUUUGAAUAUUCAAUAGAGUUAUAACAAAAGUGUUACAGAAAAUUGAGAGGAGACACGGUUGGGGAUUACAACAAACACAUGCUUUUUAUUGUGCUAGAUUCCUCUACAAUUCCUUCUUCCAAACUCUUCCUCUAAAAUCGGCAUCUUCAAUCGGGAAAGACUCAAGCUCAGGACACCAGCUGACAUUCACUGGCAUGGUUGCCAUUCUGCA